AUGGUGAGGGCGGCUCGUAAGUAUGGGGUUGGGCUAUCUGUACAUGAAGCCUCCGAAGGUCUGAAAACCGCGCUGCCGGCGUGGGCUCAUCCGGCACUGGUGUCGAACAGACUGCAAACAAACUCGCCGUCAGCUAAGUGCCUGCGCGAGCGACACGGGGUGCUCACUGUCGGGGACUGCCUGCGGGUAGCACGCCGCCUAUACCCCCAGCCAGGCCCUCUGGCCGCGCUGCACUCCUCUGGAGCUCGCUGCCGAUGCGACGACUGCUGCGAAGACCGUGAGGCCCACGGCUGUGCCAAUCCGCCGCGCUGCGCGACGCUCGCAGAUGCAAUGCUGCGGCAGAUCUCCCCGAAGUGGAGGCCGGGCCCGAUCUCGCCUAAAACGGACGGCCCGGCCGCUGCGACGCGAGGCGCCCCCGGGGCGGCCGGACUCACGGGCGGCAGUACCCCUUUUGGACUGCCACGGGCCACUGCCCUCCCUCUAUCCAACGCCCUGCGCGUCUUCACCUGCGGCCACGACGACCCUCCCGCUCCUCCCUCUGUCGCUGAACUCGGAGCGCCUCCUCCUCCUCUGCGUACUAGCCUGGAGUGGACCCAUGCGUUCACGGAUGGGUCGUGCGUGACGACGGCUGGGGGGACGGCCGCUGCAGGCUCGGGUGUCUGGUUCGGUCUCGACGACGCGCGCAACACCGCGGCGCGCGUGCCUGGAGCAGAACAGACGAACAACGCGGCCGAGCUCCAUGCUGUCGCACUCGCUGCUGAAAUCGCACCCGCUGGCGCCCCGCUAGCGAUCAAAUCGGAC